CAGGACUACUGGAUGCUGUAUCUCUUUCCGCUUGUCUACUACUAUGGUGAUAUGAAGCUUGGAAAGGAUGACGAGGAGCCAGAGUACAGUGAUUUGACAUACUUGGCCAUGGUUUGGUGUGCUGGAGUGGCCAUUGGACUCAUUUUCUACGGAGCAUCUGAGCCUUUGUUUCAUGCAGCUGAUGCAACCAAUCGCUACAACAACAACGGCUACUCCAACGACAACCAGAAGGCAUUGUAUGGGUUGCACCUCACAAUGUUCCACUGGGGUUUCAUGGCGUGGAUUGUGUACUGCUUGACAGCUCUCACUAUGGGCUUUUUGGCGUACAGGAGGGGGUUGCCCCUUUGUUUCCGUACCACACUUGCUCCUGUGCUGGGAAAGGCAACUUGGGGUUGGAUUGGUGAUCUGCUGGACAUUGUAACGAUCGUCACCAUUGUGGCCGGAUUGACAACUUCCCUUGGUUUGGGAGCUCGACAGAUUGUUUCCGGCUGCCAGCGUUUGGGCUGGCUGAGUGGAACCUUGACUGAUAGUGAGCUCACAAAUGCAGCAUGCUGGAUCAUUGGAAUCAUCACUCUGUGCGCCACUGCAUCUGUCGUGGCAGGUUUGGAGUUCGGAAUCAAGUCUGUUUCGUACGUAGCAUUUAUGCUUGGAAACUUCUUGAUCUUGGUGGUCUUCUGCCUUGAUGAGCCUUGGUAUAUCCUGAAUGUCUUCGUGGCCACGAUCGGAUUCCACCUACAAAACUUUUUGGAGACAGCCUUUGACACAGAUGCCUUUGCCCAGUUGGGUGUCGGAAAUGGGCAGCCGAAUGACGGAAAGGGCGCAAAUCCUGCCUGGAUGGAUUGGUGGACCAUCUUCUACUGGGGUUGGUGGAUUGCUUGGGCACCCUUUGUGGGAACUUUCAUGGCCCGCGUCUCCCGGGGUCGCACGAUCCGUCAGGUUGUUUUGUACACACUCACCAUUCCUUGUGGCUAUGCUUUCAUUUGGUUUUGCACCUUCGGGGCAGCUGCCAUUCGCAUGGAUCGACGCGCAACAUGGUUGGCUGAACUUGGAAGCGAGCUUCACAACAACAGGGACUACUUCUUGCACACUGACCUCACCUUCCGUCCAGCCAGUGCUGGCAAAUGCUAUGAUGUGCCUGCAAGUCUUCCGAGCAUCACAGGAUAUGAAGUGAAUCCAUAUGUGAGCCCCGUCUGCAACUUUGCCAGUGGUGACAGCAAUGGCUACUGGUUUGACCUGAUGAGUCAGUACUACGGCAUGGGUCAAUUCCUGACUUUCGUAUCCAUUGUGACGACGGUGUUGUACUUCAUCACUUCAUCUGACAGUGGCUCCCUUGUCGUGGAUUUGAUUGCUGCGAACGGUCGAGAGGCGCAUGUGGUGCAGCGAGUAUUCUGGGCCUUGACAGAGGGUGCUGUGGCAAUUGCAACGGUUGCAUCGGGAGGUUUUUCCUCUCUGACCGGGCUGCAGGCAGUUUCCAUUGUGAUGGGCUUGCCUUUCACAUUCAUCCUCAUGGUCAUGUGCACGGCAUUGUGGCGUGCACUCAAGCUUGAAGCGGGAGACAUGCCACCAAUCAACCGGCGAACAGAUUGGACUUUGCCUUUGUACGGUGGGGUCGUUGAUUUCCCGGAGUUUCUUCUGACCUGUGGACGAUGUCCUAUGCCCUCCAAGAAAAGCAUUUGUGCUUUCUUCACUGCCCUACUCUUUCCGGGGUAUGCUCUCUUCAAGGCACUGAACGGUCUAGCAUCCCAUGAGCAGAAACCAAUGCCCAUGGUGGUGAGAAUGAUCUUGGCUAAGAUGACCCAGCUGCUCUUUACGGCUUUCGUUGCCCUCCACAUUGCUGCCGCCGUAUAUGAGGGAGAGCAGCUGCGCAUCGAGGGACGUGGACUGUGGUCUUUCGGUUGGAUUUGCUACAUUUCCAUGGCUGGAUUUGUGGCUUUGGGCCGCCAUCAGAUUCGACGUCUCUACUCCAUUGAAGGCUCUGGCAUGGAGGAUUUCUGGGCUGCCCUGCUGCUCUACCCACAAGCCCUUUCCCAGCUCAUGUUGCAGAUUGAACAGACGCCUGUUCCUCAAGACUACAAGAAGCCUGACAAGGCGGAGCUCUCCAACGCUAUCUUUGGAAAGGCGGAAGUUGACAUUUGAGAAGGCGCUUUCACUACCUGCAAUCCCGUCUAAAAUGACUGGAUAUCAGGUGCUGAAGCGCUGAUUGCUUUAGUAUACAGUAUGCAUAGUUGUCGGCCUAUCUUUCUUUACCUCCUGUGCUGAAGUCAGCUGCUUGAUGCUGCAGCCUCUUUGAAGACCGGCUGCGCACUUCAAGGCUGACAUCAAUGUGCGCAUGUUGUUCGCUCAUACCUUUUGCAAAAAUUUGGGAGAGUCGAAGCAAGGCCGCAGGUUCAUAGCUUCAUAUUACUAGCUGC